GAGGAGUGAGAAGGAGCACUCAGAAAGCACACGACCAGCAGUGAGGUGUUCCACCUCCUGACAUCCACGACCACAAAAGCACUUGAAACCAGAGCAGCAGUUGUUCAGAGGCACUAUUAUCAGUUUCCUCUUCAGCUUUGUGGAUAUUUUUGUUUUGUACAAAACCGCUGACUUAAGGAGAAGCUCUGACAAGGACUAGGAAUUUAAAAAAGAGAGUUAAACUUUUUUGGGGACAAGAUGGCACUUCGGCAGAACUCUGACAAGGAGCCAAGCAUCGAGUUGUUUAUUAAGGCUGGGCAUGACGGUGAGAACGUCGGGAACUGCCCCUUCUGUCAAAGGCUCUUCAUGGUUCUGUGGCUGAAAGGAGUGAAAUUCACAGUGACCACUGUUGAUAUGAGGAAGAAACCAGCAGAGCUUAAGGACCUGGCUCCAGGGACUAACCCUCCUUUCCUCCUCUACAACGGCACCCUCAAAACAGACUUCAUCAAAAUCGAGGAGUUUCUUGAACAAACACUGGCCCCUCCCAGGUAUCCUCAUCUCAGCCCGCUGAACAAAGAGUCCUUUGAUGUGGGUGCCGACAUUUUUGCAAAGUUCUCUGCUUUCAUCAAGAACAGCCCAAAUAACACCUUCCAUGAGAAAAACCUGUUGCGGGAGUUUAAACGUCUGGAUGAUUACCUGAACUCCCCCCUCCCCGAAGAAAUUGACCACAAUUCAAGCGAAACUAUCAUCAUCUCCAAGAGGAAGUUCCUGGAUGGUGACCGCCUCACCUUAGCUGACUGCAACCUGCUGCCCAAACUGCAUGUUAUCAGGGUUGCUGCCAAGAAGUACUGCGACUUUGACAUUCCCCCCCAGUUCACAGGUGUGUGGCGAUACCUUGAAAAUGCCUACGAGAGAGAGGAGUUCAAACAGACGUGCCCGGCUGACAUCGAAAUUGAGAAGGCUUACUUUAGCGUGGCCAACAAGAGGAAGUAAACUUUUCCUUCUCUGUGAUUCAUGUCCUGUUUUCCCCAAGUGUAACCAUGCAUGGUGAUCUGUAGAGGCGCUACAACCUACAAGAAUAAACUUUGGCAAGGAAUCAGACACUAUUCCACCUUAAAAAGCUUGACCUGUUGUUGCAGUAAGCCUUGGGGACAUGCUAAAGAAAAAUGUUUAAUUGGUUUUAUGUAUUGACUAUUUAUCCAUAGUCACUAACAGAUAAAUGGCAUUUUAAUGCCGCAUUGAAAAGGCCAAAUGUGCAAUUGACUGUUGAAUUUUUGUUUAUAGUGUAAAUAUAAAUAUUUUUCCAUGCUUUUUGUGAUCAAAACACCCUCUUUAGAGUAUAUAUGAUUGUGUUAAUGUGAGCAGCACGUUCAUUAACAGUUCAUUUUUAUGUAAAGCAUGAAAUACACUUCUGUAUCUUACCUUGUACAAAUACAGUUUGAUAUGAAUGAAUUGUUGCACUGUCACACUAAUAAAAAAAGCACCCAAUUAA